UGACAACUGACAAGUAAACAAAGUAUUAAACUCUUAAAAAUCAAAAUGGACAACACUACAGUUUUUACACCGUUAAAAAAUCAUUAUAAAAUUACACAGCAACUAACUCCUACUGCAGAUUUCUUGGAAGCGGCAAAUGCGACGAUUUCUGUCAUCGGGUCUUUGGGAAUGUGCUUUUUGACUAUGGUCCAUACUAUGAAAAAAAACAUUAAGACACUGACGGAACAUUUUCUAAUUGACCCCAAAAAAUAUGAAUUUUUGGAGGAUAUGAUAUCACUAGCUAUAGAAAAUGAACAAAUUGCUGUAACUGAGGCGAUGUUAUGGCUCGCCAGAGAACUUGGUUGUAUAUGGAAAUUUUUGGAAUUAAUCAUCGAAGAGCCGGAAGAAGAAGACACUGGACCGUUAUUGCAAGCAGCUUACGAGAGAUAUAUAGCGAUUUAUCAUGGUUGGAUCUCAUCUAAUUUAAUUAAUGUUUUAUCAAAAAAUUGCCCCAGUAGAAAAAAACUUCUUCACAUUUUCGCUUUGAGAAAGGACCAUUUAGAAACUAAUGUUCUUAUCGACAUGAGACUUUAUGUGGAUCAAUUGGGUGCAAUGGUGGAAAAAUUUAGACAGUUCAUUGAUUGGGACAGCGUUGAUGAUGUUUUCGAUUAUUAAGAAAAACACGUUUUACAACUUUUAUAUUCAAUAUGCCAGCAAUCAAAAUGCUUCGCUACAAAUUCCGACAGAAUCUCGUCUUUCUCCCUCAACACACCUUCCUACUUGGAAGAGAUGUUGUGGCGCAGUUAUUCUUUCACCUCAUUCCAUAUUCAAAGUAAGAGCGUUCACCCGUGCAGUUGAUAUCAGCGGGCCGCAAUUGUCUCCCAAUUUGACAUAACUUCCUUUAAAACUAAAAAAGUUUUAUACAAUAUUUUUACAAUAUGUGAUUUUGUGUAACGUACCUUUCGAAUCCUUCUGGGCAUGAAUUCUUUUUGCAUUCUCCUGAUAAAGUUGACCUGUUAUUAUUGCUCAAUUUUACAUGGUCCUUGUUCAUAUGGUGAAAAACAGUUGUCUUUUGGUUUUUAAUAAAUUAAAUCUGUGCAAUGUUGUGUUUUACAAUAAAUGUUUUACAGAAAAUAAAUUGAAAAUAUUCAAA